CAAAAUCAGAUUCCUGCUGGAGGGCACAGGAAGCUAAUACUAAUGCUUUGCACUCCAUCCACCUACACCACAAUGCAGAUGUGCUCAAAUCUUCCAAAUGUUCCUGUGGUUAUCCUGCUUUCCAUGAGGUUGCUUUGUCCUAACAGAAUUUAUGCAAAACAACAAAUCUAGAGAUAUCCUUCCAUUUUUCCUUGUCACCGUCAUCCUUCCUCCACCUAUUCCAUUUCGGACGAUCCGUAUCCGUUAGCUAUGAUUUUAGCAUCUACACCUAUAAUUCGAUGUACAAAGUUUUACUGUAAGCCUUCAGCAGGAAGUACAGGCUGGUACGUAACACCAUCUUUUUAUGAUGAUAUUCCUGUUUUCCUCCUAACCCAUGAGCUAGUGACCUCCACAUGUAAAGGGCAGCCAAGAUUCCUGGAAUGUUGGAGGCAACGAGGAUGGAGCUGGAGUUGUGUAAUAGUGAGAACUAAAAGGGGAGGGGACAGAUCUGGGAUACCAUGAGAAGCAGUGAUUAUAAGUGUGGCCAAACAGGAUGCAGCAACACACAACCACCUGCAGCUGAACGUGGAUCGAUCCUACUGCUUCAGUUCACUGGGUCCUUCUUGACUUCACAGCUAAAUUUGGAAAGCAAUGGCACUCUACAGCUUCAUCAUCUUCUCUAUUAGCUGGUCUGCAGUCCUGCAUGAAGGGUUUGGUUUGUCUGUGAAAAACCAGUCUGCUGAAAAUGUCCCACAAAGACAUCGCACCAAACGAUGCUCUUGCAUUAACCAGGUGGACUCAGAAUGCUACUACUUCUGCCAUCUGGACAUCAUCUGGGUGAACACACCAGGUAAGACCACUGUAUAUGGGCUGGGGAGUCCACUGGCCAGACGCCGCAGAUCUACAGGCCGCUGCUUAUGUGCCAAUCCUGCUGACCAAACCUGUAACGCCUUCUGCUUCCACAGCUCAAAGAACACUGCUAUCCCACAGAGGAGCUUCUCUGAACUGCGCCAGGAAAAAUCUGAGCUUAAUUCAGACCUCCAUGUUGCCGUGGAAAACCUAAACAAUGCUGUUUCAGGAAUAGAGGCUACUGAUGGGGAGAAUAAUGCUCAUGUUAAGUUUCUGACAUUCCUCAGGAACUUUCUGAGAGCUAAAUCCAGGGCCAUGAAGAUGGCAGAUUCUGCCAGGCAAAAAAGUUUGAGGGCACAUAAACAAGGCCCCAGGUAAAGGUUUCAUGGGGACAGUAUUGCGGAGAUCGAGCACUUGAACAAAACACAACCCCGUGGAAUGUGGGGUAGAAGCAUGAAGAAGAUGUCAGAUACAGAAGGCGCAUCCUAGGAGACUGCAAAAGGCUGGAAAUAUCAGAACUGGAGAUGAGAUGAUGAGGGUCAAGCCUUUAAGUCAUGUAGAAAGGUUUAGAUACAAAGAAGUAGACAGGCAAGUGAUGAAGAAGGUCACUGUGGAUAAAAAGUCUGAAGAAGGUGGUUGCUCUCAGCUGAUAGCAGGGAAGUUUGGUCCUUCCUACAAUCCUGUAAUGCAAACAGAUAAGUGAUGACAACAUUUAUUUUGAGUUUGGAGUGGAACAACAACUUUUCUUGAUACUAUCACUGUUAAAUCAGUAUAGAGAGAGAGAGUCAUUGCACAGAAUUAAGAGAUGAAGACUCUCAAGUUAGAAACAAAUAAUAUGUGAAAUCUACUA